AUAAUGUACCAAUGUUAACGUUUUUGCUGGUCGUUAUGAACGGACACCUUUUGCAGCAGAGAGCUUGGGGACCUCUGGUUCUGUCAAAAGUUACGCAACUUCGGUGACAACAAACCGUUGCCUAUCAGUGAAUUUUAAAACUAGCAUAGACUCGUUCUCUGCUCGUGAUAGGUAUAAUUUGGUAAUCACUUGACGAUCAGUUAACUGGUUGAUGCACCAAGUUUCUGCAAUUUUUCAUCAAGGUGCAGAAGAUGCGCAUGUUGCUACUGCGCAUUUACAUCACGUUCUACAGCAUGCCCAUCAGCAGCUAGAACCUCCAAAACAAGCCUCGGCUACACUCCUACCCGUAAAGACACUCAGCGAACUCGAAUACUAUAGCCAGUCUGCCAUAUUCCAUGAUUUGCAUCCUGUCGAACAAAAGCUUGAUCUGACUCUUGCAUACGCUGCUGUUGAGCAAGCAUUCGACAAGCGUUUUCUGUCGUACAGCCAAGCAGCAAACCUACGUAACAAAAUUUCUGUGCUGCUUGACAUCUACGGGCAACGCUUCAAAUUUCAAAAGAAUCUCCAGGAAUUAGUCACUGGGCAGGUCAGGUACUAUCAAGAUCAUUUUGAAGAGGUGCACGAGGCGGAAAAUUUACCAUGGCUAAUGAAACAACAGCUUCAAGGGCUUCGUGGCGAUGCGCAACGGCUCAACGAAGAACUUAUCCGAUCGAAAGCACAUCUGGAACAACUGGAACAAGAAAUUCAUAGACUGGAUAACGAAAAAAAGCAUCUUAACGAUGCCCUGGAGAUCAUUCCUACGGCGAACGAAUACCAGCAGUUUGUGCAGCUCAUGAAUAUCGAUCAGGAGAACGCACAGCAACAGCUAGACAAAUACAAACUGGUCAUCAACCGAACAGAGGAGAGCAAAAGAAGCAACGAAGCAGCCAUUGUUCGAUUGCACGCACGAUGUCAAAUGGUGAGCGAGGAGGUGGCCAUCAAGCAUAAGGAGCUGUCGGUCAUCACGAAUAAAAUUCCGCAUAUACAUAAAGAGUGUGGAGCACUGCAGUCUGAACUUCAACGGUGUACAGAAGAACUACACUUGCUCAACGUAGCCAGGCAUAAGCUGGAGCACAGUAUGAAAACCCUUAUCGAAGUCGCUGCGGAGCUUGCUAACGACAUUGCGGCAGCUACUGCUGAAAAGGUCAGCUUGGAGAUAUUGACGGAGCAUCGGUUGUAUGAUUUUCAUGAACUGCUGAAAUCCGUGGAAAUGUACGACGCAACAGAAAUGCACCAUCGAGCAGAAAAAGCAGCUCUGGAGUGCGAACUAGCCAAUGUUAUUGCCACCUGCAAAACUUUACAAACAAACCGGUUACAAAUUCUGCGUGAGCGAGAUCAUCUUACGCUAAAAAAGGUCAAUCUGGAAAAUGAAAUAAGGCGUUUACGGAAUGGCAAUGCCAACGAACGGGAAAAUAUGCAGCGACUUGAAAAAAAGUUUGACGAAAAGGAAGAAAGGAUAACGGAUUACCGAGAGGAUCUGAAAACUGUCGAGGGUGAUGUGUCACAAUACGGAGUUCAGACUCAGGCGAAAAAGGAAGCUGUUUCGACCCUGAGGAGGACAAAGCGAGACCGCAAAAGGAGGAUGUUCUUUUCGUUUGUGGAAUAUAAACAGAAGAGCAAAGAGCUUCGGAAAUUAAGAGAUGAAAAAUAUAAGAUGGAAGCGCACCAGCGGAUCUUUAACAGCGAAUGGUCCAAAUUGCGGCAAAAGCUUUCAUCGCUCAAUGAAGAAUAUGAAUACAAGCGAGUUUCUCUGAGAUUUCUGGAAUCAGUUACUCUAGGGAAACGAGACCGGCUGGCUGAUCUUCAGGAGCAAGGAUUGCAAACUGAAAAGGAACGUCAGCGUUUCGAUGAUCUAAGCCGCGUAGUCAAAGGUUUUGUACACCAAAAUAAAGAUCGGACCAUGUACAUCGAAGACGAGUUGCGGCAGGUGGAGCAGACUUACCGCAAAGUUGAACUGAACCUGGAGAGAAUAGCGGUAGAAAGGAAGCGCGAAAUGGUCGCCUUACAACAGCUGGAAAAAGCGCAUUUUUCGGAGAAACUUGUUCUAAAGGAGCUAGAGGAUAAAUAUGAAAGGGAAUUUACGAAAGUACUGCUAUUACGUCGGGAAUUGGAUGUAAACUUGUUGCACUGUGAAAUGUUUACCGACACGUUUGAAGUUAUUUCGGAGCUUCGCGCGUGUGAAGCAGCACUAUUUAUUGAUGUGACGACUCAGUUCAUGCUUCGGCUGAUGGAAAAAAAUCAAAUUGAAAAGCAUACACACGAGACGGAUUUAAAGCACCGUGCCCUGGAUGGAUGCAUCACAUGGCUACAGAAGACUGCCGAAACAGAUAUCAAAUUAUUGUACAAGCGUUUGAAGUGGAGAAGUUCCCUUAUGGAAAUCUGUGUCUCUACCAGAGACAAUUUAAACCGAGAGCUAGUGGCGACAUCAUUGCGACGAAUGCAGUUAAUCAAUCGCGUAGUGGGUGUACGUGAAAAAGAAUUCCUUCAGCAAAUCCAGAUGAGACUUACUGAUGAGGAAGUGCAAGAUUUAAUCAGGAAGGAAGAACAGUUAGUCGGCUUGCUGGUGAGAAUGGACCAAAAGAGCUUUAGCAGUCAUAUAAGAUGUGCUUUUCUCAAUGACAUUUGCAAACAAAUAUCGGAAGGAGUCCAGGAAAAAAGGAGUACAUUUGCUGCUGUUCAAAAGGCAACGUUAGUAAAACGCAAUCGGCUCCGAAAAGCAGAAAGGAACAGAAAAUUGGCCCUGUUGGAUAUCGCAGCCGUAAAAACGAAGUUAUGCAACGAGCUGGUAUUGUCGGAAAAUCUUCAAAGCGUACACAAGCUGGCCAUUGAAAAGUAUGGAAAGCCUGCAUUAGCAAUUGAAUACCCACAUUAUUAACCUUAAAUUAUGGGAAAGCUGGCAGCCGAACAGUAGUUAUAUGCCGGACAUACAGUAUUUCUGCGAAAAGCGUUCUAAGUAUUUAUAAUAUUUCGUACUGUAAACUACGUACUGUCAUUUUUAAGUACUUAUACGUUUAACGUUCCGUACUGUAGAAUAUUAUCUACCUUGUGUUCACACGUUUCCCGCUUCAGCGUUUUUUGCAAACUGUGAUUGCUGUGGUCUUUGUUCUGAAUACUUGCAGCAAUAAGCAAUUCUGGAGAAAGUAAGCAGCGAUGGAAGUGUCAAUGGUAAAUAAUUAUGUGCUGAGACAAACAAACAAUGCCGUAUAGGACCGCAACUCAACCUGGAUUGCCCAAACCAAAACAAAGUCGAACAGUACACCUUCAUAGGAACAGAGCACCCGUGCCGUGAAGGUCCAGUAAUUCAUCUGUAAUGUCCGAUGUUUCGCGUUGCAGCGUUCUUUCUGAAUGGUGCAUG